AUGGGUGAGGCGCUCGUUUCCCGGCUUCUAGGACGAUUGACUUCGUUAACGGGGCAACUCAGAGAAGAAGAUGUGCGCCUGGGCGUGGGCGUUGAGAAUUUCAUCAUCACUCUCAGAGGCGUUCAAUCUGUCCUUGUGGAUGCAGAGGCGAGGCAAGUGGUGGACAUAUCUGUGAGACACUGGUUGGAUGGCCUGGAAAAAGUGUGCUACGAGAUGGACAACGUGUUGGAUGAGCUGAGCGUUGAAGUUAACAGAAGGAAAACACGAGCAACUGCUGCUGGUGCUACGAAGAAGAAGGUAUGCAUCCCGAUUCUCUCUGAUUCCUUUUGUUUAGGCCACUUUGGCCGGGGAAAACUGAAAAUCAUCUCCCGGAGGAUUAGAAUACUCGUUGAAAGGUUAACUGAGAUCGCUAUUCAAAGGGAUACCUUUCAAUACCGACGAAUAGAAAGAAGCGUCGGACAGAUAAAACGACAGAAGGUCCUGUCUCUUGUCAAGACAGAUAAGAUAUUUGGUCGCGAUGAGGAAUUGCAAUUGCUAUUACACAAGUUAUUUAGUGAGGGUAGUGAACAUGAAAGGCGUCCCGUUGUCAUCCCUAUAGUAGGGAUGGGAGGAAUUGGGAAAACAACUCUUGCUCGACUGGCCUAUAAUCAUCCCAUGGUAAAGACCCAUUUUGAGAAAAGAAUAUGGGUUCGUGUCUCAGACCCUUCUGAUCAGGUUCACAUUGCCAAAGCUAUCGUUGAGACUUUUGAUGUAAUCCAAAGCAAAUCAAAUGAGUUGGAAACUCUACAUCAAUGUAUAUGGUCACUGGUUGAGAAUCGGAAAUUCCUCCUUGUCCUGGAUGAUGUGUGGACCACACACUAUAGCGAUUGGGAAUACUUACAGAGAGCUUUGCAAAGAUGUGCAUUUGGCAGUAGAGUAUUAGUGACCACACGUAAUGUAGAGGUUGCUAAGAUGAUGGGAGGAACUGCAAACAUGAUUCGUUUGCAGAGGUUGAGUAACGAUGCUUGUUUUUCACUAUUCCAUGACUGUGCACAAUUUGAUAGGGAAAAAGACGGGUCAGCAGAGUAUGAAAUUCAAGAAGUUAUUGCUAGAAAGCUUGUGCAAAGGUGCUAUGGUUUGCCUCUUCUUACAAAGAUUUUAGGUAGUCUUAUGCUCUAUAAGGAAACAAUUAAAGAAUGGGAAGAUGUUUUAAAUAGUAAGAUAUGGGAAUUACAAGAGGUUGAGCAACAAAUUUUCCAAGGGCUGCUACUAAGCUACUAUGAUAUGACCCCGGCAAUCAGACCUUGUCUUUUGUACUGUGCUGUCUUCCCAAAAGAUUUUCUGUUUGAUAUGGAUAGUUUAGUUGAGUUGUGGAUGUCACAAGACUAUCUCAGUUCAGAAGAAAAUGAAGAAAAGGAAACAGUGGGUCAGAGGUACUUCGAAGAGUUAGUGAUGAGGUCUCUCUUCCAAGAUUUUGAGAAAGAUGAAGAAGGAAAUAUAAGAUGGUGCAAAAUGCAUGAUAUGGUGCAUGACUUUUUGCAGUUCCUCACCAAAAAUGAAUGUGUUACUGUGGAGAAGCAUGCUGACGAUCUAGGAGAGCCUGAUAAAAUCCAUCAUUUGACCUUGACAUGUGCAUCCCGAGAGCUGACUCGAUCGUCUUUUUCAAUAUCCAACUACCAAAAUCUCCGUACCCUCACAACUUUUGAUUCAGAAAUUUCUACCCUUGACCUAGAUUUGAUUUUGCAGUUGAAAUACCUCAGGACAUUAAGUUUGAAUUGUGAUCGUAUCCAUGAAGUUCCAACAUCCAUCGGUAGCUUGAUACAUCUGAGGUAUAUAAGUUUGUCUCACAAUCGAAUUUUCAAAGAAUUACCCUACACUAUGUGUGAGUUAUACAAUCUGCAAACCUUGCACUUAAUUUCGUGUGAGCGGCUUGAGAAACUACCUGAGGGCAUGGAUAAACUUGGCAACUUGAGGAAUCUUCAUGUAAUUGGUUGUGGGGAGUUGGUGUCCUUGCCUGGAGUGAUUGGUAAGCUGGUUUGCUUGAGGUACAUUGAUUUGUCUGCUAAUUGUUCUCUGAAAAAUCUACCAGAUGGUUUAUGUGACUUGAACAAGCUGCAAACCUUGCGCCUCAGUUGGUGUACGGGACUUGAAGCACUCCCAGAGGCCAUUGGAAAACUUAAUUAUUUGAAAAAUCUUCAUGUUGAUGGUUGUAAGAAGCUGAAGUACUUGCCAAAAGGGAUUGGUAGAUUGGAGGAUUUGAGGUAUCUUGAUUUAUCCUAUAAUCUUUUUUUGACAGAACUACCGGUAUUCAUAUGUUUUUUAUAUCGUCUGCAAACCUUGCGCCUAAACGGGUGCGAGCGACUUGUAGAAUUGCCAGAGGCCAUUGGAAAGCUGAUUGGUUUAAGGCAUCUUCAUGCUGCUGGUUGCAUUCAGCUACAGUACUUGCCAGAAGGGAUUGGUAAGUUGGUUCGGUUGAGGGAUAUUAAUUUGUCUUAUAAUGUUUCUUUGAAAUCCUUGCCCAGUACUGUUUCUAAUUUGCAUAAUCUGCAAACCUUAUGCCUUGAUGAGUGCCCCGGACUUGUUAAUGUCGAUGUCGAAAAGCUUAUUAAGGAUGAGCAGCACGAGAUAGAGGAGAUAGAGUUCUUGCAAGAGCCUCGGGAACGUGAAAGAUGUCAGUGA